GUUUGAAUUAAAUUAAAUGUCUUUCAAGUUUAUUCGGGAGACGGGCUUCAAACACAAAUUCGGCGCGCAUGUGGGCAUGGGCGGCGGCAUUUUCAACUCUGUGACCAACGCCAUGAACGUCGGCUGCAAUUCGUUUGCCCUAUUCCUCAAAAACCCGAAACGGUGGGUGUCGCCGAUGUUCAGCGAUGAGGACGCGUCCAAGUUUGUGGAGUACUGCAAAGAGCACGGCUUUAAUCCGCGCACAGACGUGCUGCCGCAUGGCUCGUACUUCAUCAACAUGGCCAACCCGGACCCAGCCAAAGCGCAACAGUCUUUAGAAUGUUUUCUUGACGAUCUGGUGCGCUGCGAGAAGCUGGAUAUCGGCCACUACAAUUUCCAUCCCGGCUCGUCGCUCGGGUCCGACCACGAGGAGUCGCUAAAACGGCUGGCCGCUAACAUCAACAAGGCCAUCGAGCAGACCAGUUUCGUCAAGAUAGUCAUCGAGAACAUGGCGGGCCAUGGAAACCUCGUUGGAGGAGAGCUGGAAGACAUACAGAAGGUGAUUUCGAUGAUUGACAAAAAAGAGCGCGUCGGCGUCUGCAUAGACACGUGCCACACGUUUGCAGCCGGCUACGACCUGCGCGACGAAGAAGCAUGGACCAAGUUCUGGGACGAGUUCGACUCCAAGAUCGGGUUCCAGUAUCUGAGUGCGCUGCACAUCAACGACUCCAAGGCUCCGUUGGGAGCCAACAGAGACUUGCACCAGCGGCUGGGAUGGGGGUUUUUGGGGCUCGAGUGUUUUAGACUGCUCGCGAACGACCCGCGACUCGAAGGCAUCCCGCUCAUUCUCGAGGUCCCCGUAGAGCCAAAAGACGACUCUGCGUUUGGCGAGGAUAUUAAGCUGCUGGAAUGGCUGGUCGGAAAGUCGAAGGACGACAAGGAGGUGCUGGAAAAGAGCAUUGAAUUGCAAAAACUGGGCGAAAAGGAGCGAAAAGAGCAACUGGCCAAAUUCGAAAAAAAAAGGAGAAGAAACCGGCCAAACGGGCCAAGGGCCAGGCCACUAUCGCCAAAUUGGUCAAAAAGCAAAAGAUUGAGGUCAAAGUGGAGACCGAAACCAAAUAACAUUUGAGCACUGUUCCAAUAGCUACACAUCAUCCUGCUUCACAAGCUCUUCCUUGACACUGUCGACUUGUUCGUUCAGCGGCUUGGCCACAGGCUGUUUGGCAACGGGCAGCUCUCCUUUCUGCUUGAGAGCCUCUGCCACGGCCUCAUUGUCGCGAGAAGCUUUGAGUUUCGCCUCCGAAACAUCAAGGUCUGUGUCCGCGUUUCCAAGCUCUGCCUCCUGCGCUGGAGUCUCCUUCUUCUCCGACUCCAAGCUCUCAAGCUUCCCCUGCCGUCUCCACCCUGUGGCAAAUGGUGCCUUGGUAUACCGUGGGAACGGAUGUGCCUCGGUGUUGAAAACUAUGUUCUCUAGAUCCCAUUUGGGAUCCGUCUCGUCGUCAAACAACAAAUACAGGUACUUCAAGGUCUCGCUGAGCCAGAAUGAUUCCAUGUUGUCACGCAGUUUUGGCGGGCUCACUGUUACGUCGUCCAGACUCGUGUAUCUUGGCUUGCUGUCCUUGCCCCCGGACGUCACCUUGGUGUGCUUGACAAAGUUCUCAAAAAUCUCCCAGCCCCAUUCCCUGUAUUUGAUAUCACCGGUGAUCUUGUAUAAGUAAUAAAGCGACUCGACGGUUUCUGGACGCUGGAGGUUGUGUUUGUCUGCAGGCUUGAUGUAGAAGUCCUUGUCGGCAUUUGCAUCCUCUUUGAAGACCACAAUCUCCGGCGCAAGCCCCGUGGCAGGCACGUCGUGGUACAUCCUGUAACACGUGUGUGUGAGCUCCUUAGCCAUGUUCAUUUGCUGUUCUUUUUCGUCGGUCCAGGUCGACAGUCUUCUUGCUGUUUCGUAGUCUAGUCCCUCGGUGGCCCCCAUGGCAAACAUGCCUCCGGCAAAACAGACCAAAUGGUCCAUUUUGGUGCUCAGCGGGCCGCCAAUGCCGCGCUCCAGCUCUCCUAUGAACAUCAAAUUAUUUGGCUUCGAGUAGCGCACAAGGUGUUUGCGGAUACCUGCAACGGUCUCGAGAUACAUUUCGAGAUACACCGGUUCUCUGGUCUGUAAGUACUGUUUGAGAAGAUACUCGUAGUAUGAGUCACCGCGGGAACCAAGUCUGAUCAAGUUGCCCUGGAACUUUGCUGUUUCUGGCUGGAUGUAGAUCGGCACCAGGCCGUCUGUUGGGUCUGCCUCGUCCAACGACUUCAUCACCUGUUCGGCCGCACGCCAGUACAAUUCCUCGCCGGUCAAUUGCGCGAGAUACUUAAACUCCAACUGCACGCUCGUGGCCUCUGCCGUGGAACUGGCUCCCCUAUCCACGUGGCUGGGGAUGCCCUGGCCCGACUUGAGGUUGACCGAGGCGUACGGAAUGCCCUUCUUUGAGCCAAACGCACCAAGCAGCUUAUUUCCCAGCCGCGCAGCCUGCUCCAGAUACACGUCGUCCUCGCUAAGAUAGUGGGCCGACAAUAGGCCACCUAGCAUUCUGAUGGUGGUCUCGAAGGUGUUGACGUUGUAGUCAAAAUCGUAGUCGAGCUCGUGCUUGACCCACGAGCGGGCCUCGCGUAGCUCCUCGUCGCACUUCAUCAGCAUCAGCGUGUCCAGCGAGUCCACAAUUAUCCACCCCAGAGGCUGUUUUCCCAUGUUGGUGCCUGUUUGGGAGAUCGGCUUGUAGACAUCUUUGCCCCAACCGUGACGCGCGUAAUCGUGCCAGCUCUCAAGAAACACCGUACGGACCUGAUUGCGACGGGCCAGCCACACGUUGCCGCUCUUUCUGGAGAAUACAAACGUGUUCAGAAAUGCAUAUGAUCCAAUAAGAAAAAGUACGAUUUUCGCCGCCAAUUUCUGUGUAUGUGUGCGGUCGCGCCAGACGUCCUUGCACCUGUCCCAGGUCGAGGAGUCUCGCUGAAGUUUGUCUUUAUAGUACAACGGCAAACCGACGUUUU